UUUUAAGAGAUCUGGAUACCCACGGUUUACUAUUUGGAAAAACCUUAACAAUUUUUUUUAUGGUUUAGUUACAGACUUUCCCAAAAAGUGUUGUGCUUUUCUUUUACAAAUGUGGGAAUGAAAUUGCGUUGAAAUGUACAAAACAGUUAAAUUUAUCUUGCCUGGCUGGGCAGCUCUCUGGGUGCUCAGCAGCCCUAAACCUCUGAUCCUAGAAUCGCCCCUGCCUGAGGGUUAUAAGAGUAAGAGAGAGAAGAGGACCAGACAUUUUCCUGUGUGCGCAGCUUCAGCCAAUCAUAAGUCAGCAGCUCAGUUCUCCUCCUCCAGAUCUAACUGUUGAAUCUCUGUCUGAAACUACACAUUGGUUUUUCACUUGGAUUCAUCUGCAGGUUUGAAGUCAUCUCCUCAUCAUGUCAGACUGCAGCAGAACUGUGGAAGAUGUGAGGACCUUCCUCCAGUCAUCCAAAGGCUUUGAUCCACAGCAGAUGAUGAGGUUCUAUGACAGCUGGGCAGAGACAUAUGAACAGGAUCACAACCUGAUGAGCUACAGAGCACCACACCUAGCAGUAGACUUCCUGUUUAAAAACUUCUCUGGGAGUCCUGCAGAAGCUCAGGUUUUGGACGUUACCUGUGGGUCUGGAUGGGUCGCCAAACUGAUGGUUAAACUGGGCUUCAGGCACUUUGUUGGAGUGGACGGCAGUAAAGGCAUGCUGGAACAAGCUGCAAAAACUGGCCUCUAUCAGGACCUCAAACUGGCCCUACUGGGACCAGAACCACUGCCUGCACCGACUGGUGUGUUUGAUGUUGUUAUCAUUGUCGGUGGUUUACGUGCUGAAUUUGCGCCGGUCAGCGUUGUCAGGGAGCUCUGCCAAGCUGCCAAACUGGGAGGUUACAUCUGCAUGUCAAGAGUGGACCCAAAGUCAGAGUCUGGAAACAACUACAAGGUGUCUUUGGAGAAAGAGCUGCAGCUGAUGGAGGAGGAGGGACUGUGGACUCAUGUGGACACCAAAGAGAUGGACAAAUACAUGAUGACUGUUCAUAAUAAUCACAAUAAUAGUAAGAAUGAGCAUGUCUGCAGAGAUGCGGCGGAGCAGCAUUUUUAUCCAGUUUUAAAACGUUUUAAAUCACUCUAAACAUUAUGCCUCUGGCUAAUGUUUGCUUUUAACGUUUUAUUUGUUUUCACUGGGUGAAAGUUUUUUAGUCAUCGGACGUUUGGAUCUUAAGUUUUUAAAGAAAGGCCUGGUGAGCCGCCAUGGCAACACGCCAUGGCAACAACGCUGCCGACUCACCUGGAAAAUUGGAACAAAUGCUUAACAAAGCAUACAAAAAAAUCGCUAACCUUCUCGAGGACAUUGAGCGGAUGUCAAAUGAGCUCCAGAGGAAGGAUUCCCUGCUGAUCACCCUCAGGUCCCGUUUCCCGACGCUGACCAACUGGCUGGAGACCUCACGGACUGGUGAGUCCGCUCCGUAGAACACCACCUCCGCACUCGGGAAAACAGUUCUCUGGGACCGUCCUCCUCCUGUCAGCGGCCCGCCUGCUCCACUCCAAACAGGGGGACCCCCUGGACCGAAGUGGUCAUCCGCGGGCGGAAGAGGGCUCCGAGCGGGGCUCAAGGCGGGGCUCCUUCUCCCCCGAUACCGCUCUCCAACAAGUACGCGGCUCUGUCCGUGAGCGAGAAGCCGGCGACCCAGGACCCACACCAAGAGACGGCACCUGUUCCUGCGGCCACAGACACCAUGCCCCCGCCAACGGACACCACAGCCUUCCCUCCACUCACUGGUAGCUGCCCUUCAGCAGGUGGGUGUCCAACAGGGAGCCGUCCGCCGGCGCUGACCCGCUCCUCAUCCCAGCGCAAGCGGCUCGUGAGGGACGCGGUGCGCUGGCACUCCUCCCGUUCUCCCCACCUGGCGAGGGAUCACACCUGGAAACCUGGUGUGGGUAGCGGGGUGGCUGAACUGGCUUGCUCCCUUGAAGACCGAGCGGACGCUCCCACAGCCCUGGUCAUCAGGGACUCUAUCGUGAGGCACGUCCGCAUGAGGGAGGCAAUAACCUUGUCGUUCCCGGAGCCACCGUUACCUACGUAACCGGGAAAAUACCGGACAUCCUGAGCUCCAAUCCGCAGGCGAAAAGGAUUAUUAUCCACGCAGGUACGAACGACAUCGCCAGGCAACAGUCCGAACUUUUAAAGCAGGAUUUUAGACACCUUUUUAACUCCAUCUCACAGUCCCAGAUGACUGUUUUUAUCUCUGGCCCCACCCCCACCUGCGGCAGAGGGAUUGGCAGCUUCAGCCGUCUGCGUAGCCUCUACACCUGGCUCUCCUCUGCCUGCAAUUCCCACCACAUCGGCUUCAUCAACAAUUUUGAUGUUUUCUGGGAGAGAUGACACCUCUUUGGGCCAGACUGGCUCCAUCUUAACAGGGCAGGUGCCCGCAUGCUCUCAGCCAACCUGGCAUACGGUGCUCAGCAUGCAAUUUUCCCCAAACCCGCACCAGCUGCUCUGUCCGACACCAAUUGAUGUCCCCCAGGUCCAUGCUCCUAUCCACUCAGUUCCACCUCUGACCACCACACAGUACCGGACUUGGACUUCAUAUUCACACCAACACCUCAUCCAUUCCGGUAAGCAUUACACUACAUUAACACAUCAGACACCACCAUACUCACUCUGUGAACCUUCAUAACCUUCGACCACUCACAAAACUCCCCCAACCCACCUCCGUGAUCAACAAGCCUCCUGUCACCAUCAAUGUGGUACUUUUUAAUGUUCGCUCUCUUUUAAAUAGAACUUUUUUAAUGAAUGAUGUGAUUUUAGAUAAUAAGUUAGACUGUCUUCUUUUAACUGAGACAUGGCUUGGCACUGACGCACCUGUUGUACUCACCGAGGCCUGCCCACCAAAUUUUAAUUUUUUGUUUUCUACUAGAGAGGGUAGAAGAGGAGGCGGGACGGCAUCCAUUACAAAUGACACACUGACCUCAAAUGGAGUGUCUUUUAACAGUUACAAGUCAUUUGAGUAUCAUGCCUUUACUUUUAGCAGCCCUCCGAUUCUUUGCAUCACUGUUUACAGACCACCCCAUCACUCUAGUUCUUUUAUCAGUGAAUUUUCUGAACUUUUAUCAAUCAUUCACACCUCUUAUAGCAGGAUUUUAAUAACUGGUGAUUUUAAUCUACACGUUGAUGAUACCUCGGAUCCAAUAUCCAGAGAGUUUUUAAACCUUUUAAAUUGUCUUGAUUUUAAGCAGCACGUCACAGAGCCAACUCACAACAGAGGACACACCCUGGACCUGGUCAUAACCCAUGGCCUGUCCAUCGGUGUGUCCUCUGUUGUCAACCUGGCUGUGUCCGACCACUACUGUGUAUUUUUUAACAUCACCAGUUUUAACCAGGAGGAGGUCCCGGUGAGAACAGUGAGGAGGCGCUAUCUAACUUCUGAAGUGGCUGCAAAUUUUAUUGGGAUUUUACAGACCACUUCUGCUGAAAUUUUACCUGCACCUUGUGAGUUUAUCGUUGAUAAUUUUAUCAGUAAACUGAAGUCAAUUCUGGACUUAGUAGCUCCACCUGUAACUAAAACAAUAAAAAGAAAACCUACACCCCCGUGGAGAAAAAACGAUGAAAUCAAUAAACUGAAAAGAGAAUGCAGGAGUGCUGAGAGAAGAUGGAGAAAGAGUAAACUGACCGUUCAUUAUGAGAUUUUACGUCAGCAACUCAAAACCUACAAUAACGCAAUCAAAAAGGCACGAAUUUCCCAUUUCUCACAACUCAUCACCAACCAUAAAAACAACCCCCGGUUCCUCUUCUCCACUUUUAAUAUUUUAACAGGCACUGAUUUUAAUAAAGUUCUUAAGACACCAACAGAUGAUCUUUGUGAAGACUUUGCAGACCACUUCAGAACUAAAAUCAAGGACAUCAGAUCCAGCCUGUUAUCCAAGAAAGUUUUGUCUGUUAACACACCUGGAUCAUUGCUUUUACCUGAGUAAACACUGGAGAGUUUUGCCCUGGUUGAUGCAAGGACACUUGGUCGAGUUUUCUCCCAAGUAAACCCAACAACUUGCCUUUUAGAUCCAAUUCCCACACCAUUUUUAAAGACGUUUUAUGGUUUCUUUGAGGAGCAGUUUUUAAACAUCAUGAAUGGCUCUCUUCAGACGGGUGUCUUCCCCACUGCCUUUAAAACGGCGGUGGUGAAGCCCCUUCUGAAGAAGAGCAACUUAGACCCCAACGUUCUUAAUAAUUAGCGACCUGUAUCCAACUUACCGUUUUUAAGUAAAAUUUUAGAAAAACUGGUUUUUAACCAAGUUAAUGACUUUUUAAAUAGAAAUAGCAUAUUAGAGAGGUAUCAGUCUGGUUUUAGGAGGAACCACAGUACCGAGACAGCCCUUCUAAAGAUUAUAAACGACAUCAGGUGGAAUUUAGAUAACAAAAAGCUCACAGUGUUGGUUCUACUGGAUCUAAGCGCCGCUUUUGAUACGGUAGACCAUCACAUUUUAUUAAAAAGACUCAGACACCUGGUCGGCCUCUCCGGUACUGUUCUUAACUGGUUUUGUUCUUAUCUCACAGACCGAUGCUUUUAUGUAAGUACGGGUACAUGUUCCUCAGGAACCCAUGAAAUUGGAUGUGGGGUUCCCCAAGGCUCAAUUUUAGGUCCACUUCUCUUUAAUCUUUACAUGCUUCCCCUUGGGGACGUCAUCAGGAGACACGGCAUCAGCUUCCAUAGUUAUGCCGAUGAUACACAGUCGUCGUGUCUCCUGAUGACACGGGGCCAAUUGAUGCCCUUUUUAACUGCAUUGUAGACAUCAAGUCAUGAAUGGCAGCGAAUUUCCUGCAGCUCAACCAGGACAAAAGUGAGGUUUUAGUUAUAGGUCCUGAAGGCUAGAGAGAGAAACUUUUACCAAAACUACAGGAUCUUAAACCAACCCAAUCAGUAAAAAAUUUGGGCGUGACUUUUGACUCUGAGCUGAAUUUUAUCCCACAUAUCAAAAAUAUAAUGAAAAUAGGUUUUUAUCACCUUAAGAACAUAACCAGAGCCCGCCCGUUUCUCUCUCAGGCCAGUACGGAGGUGCUAAUGCAUGCUUUUAUUUCCUGUCGCUUAGAUUACUGUAAUGCCCUGCUCUCUGGUCUUCCCAAAAAGAGUAUUUUAAAUCUCCAAUUAUUACAAAACUCAGCCGCACGCGUGCUGACGAGGACCAGAGGGCGGGAGCACAUUGCACCAGUUUUAGAGUCGCUGAAUUGGCUCCCCGUCCGCUUCAGGAUCGAUUUUAAGAUUCUCUUACUCGUUUUUAAAUGUCUUAACGGCCUUGCGCCCUCUUAUUUAUCUGAUCUGCUUUUAUCAUAUCAACCCUCGCGGACCCUGAGGUCCACCGGCACUGGCCUUUUAACCAUACCAAAACCCAGAACAAAAACCCAUGGUGAGGCAGCAUUUAGCCACUAUGGCCCCGACCUGUGGAACAGCCUGCCGGAGAGCCUCAGGACUGCAGAGACUGUUGAUAUUUUUAAAAGAAGUUUAAAGACACACCUUUUUAAUCAGGCUUUUAACUAAUAUUUUAAACUCUUCUUAUGUUCUUAUCUGGUUCUAUCCUACUUUAUGUUGCUGCUUUUAUCUUGCUUUUUAAGAUGAUAUUAAUCUUAAUUUUUUGUUUUUAUUUAUCACUGGUACUGUAUCUAUUCUAUUUUAUUUAUAAUCUUAUGUAUUUUAUUUUUGGUACUGUAUUUAUUUUAUUUUAUUUAUUCUUUUAGUCCUAUUUUAUGCUUUUAGUCUUUAGCUUUUAACUCCAGUGUUUCCUCAGGGUGUCCUCCACACUGGGAGCUGUGUCGGGUCUGCUAUGGGGGGUUGCUGUCCUUGGGUCCCUUCGGCCCGGCCGGCUGGGGGCUCCUCCCUUCGAUGUGGGGGUCCACCUGUAUGUCGGAGUCGGGGGGCCUGGGUGCUGGUCCCCCCCGAUUGCACGGCCUGCGGCUCCUCCCAUUGUGGACGGCCCCAGAGGUGGCGUUUCCUUGAUCCUCAGUGCCAUGCCAUGUCUCCCUAUUGUGUGUGAUUGUGUGUGUGUGUGUGCGUGUCUAGUAUGAAGGGUGGGAGCUCUACAAAUAAAGUUGAUUGAUUGAUUGAUUGAUUGAUUAAUUGAAUACCUUGAUGGGACCAUGUACCUUUACAGGAAGUCACUUAAUUAGUCCCUCUACACCUGAAUACAUUCCUUCAUUGUCCGAUCUGUGUUUUUUAAGCCAAUGGCGACCCCAGAAGUUUUUCAUAGGGGUGGCCAGACAAUGGCAAGUGAUUAUUAUUACCAUGUUAUGCCAUUGUUUUUGUUUAUCUACCCAACGCUAAUAUUAAAAGUCAUACUGUCAUAAAUAAACAAGUUUCAACCAUAAAAUGUGA